AUGAUCGCACAUGUGCAUUCCAUCCACGUGGAGACAGUCCGUCAUUAUGCAAUCAGAAAUAUUUCACUCUCUUUUUUUUGGUCUGCAGCAGCUUCGUCGGUUUGUCUGCACUGCGGCCACCGGCUGCGCGUGUUGCCCGAUCUGCUGACGGAGCCUGCGCGUGGCCAGUUGACCUCGACGACCGGAGGCCACUCGACAGGCGCCGCUUGGCAACCGACCUGUGCCGCCGGGUCGGUCUCCGAGGCGCAGGAAAGGCAAACCGGCUCGGGCUGGUUGGCCAACUCGACGGCAGCGGCCCAGCUCAGCGAGGAUCGUUGGCUCUUCACCUCUCAGCCAUGGAUGCCGGCUUCGAGCCUGUCCUCUGUGGACGCCUCUGACUCCGGUUACCAUGUGGUAACGGGCCGGCCUGGUGGCGCUAGAGCUGGUCAGGCCGGUCUGAAACUGCUGCGUCCGGGUCUGACGGACCGACAGGUUGGCCGUCGAGUCGGCAGAGACUACUGGAGACACCAUCGGCCGACUUGGCGACCCAAUGCCAGGUGA